AUGGCUAGUGUAUUAUCACCUCUCAUGACUACACCCCUUUCACUUUCUAACCAAAAAUCUGGUGUAAAUUCCAUCAGUGAGCCCAACUCCAAAGUUCAUCGCAAUCUUCUUAGACAAUUAGAAUCAUGCUCUGGCGUAAACCAAUUAAAGCAAAUCCAUUCCCGAUGUAUUGUUUCUGGCCUAUAUGAGAAUCCUAUUGUUGUUUCAAAGCUGUUGGCCAUUUCCGCUUCUUUGAUGCCUAAUGGCUUGACUUAUGCUCAUGUGCUUCUCACCCACUUUAUUGAUCCAAAUGCUUUCAUGUAUAACACCAUGAUAAGGGCUUAUACUUACAGUAAAAACCCUAGAGAAGCCCUUUUUAUGUUUAAUGAGAUGGUGAGUAGAGGCAAAUCUCCGGAUGCCUAUACUUUUCCCUUUGUGCUAAGGGCAUGUUCCCUAUUACUAGCAAUUGACAAAGGGAAAGAAAUUCAUGGAUUCAUAGUGAAGUUGGGAUUAAUGAGUAAUGUGUAUGUGGGUGGGACUUUAAUUGACAUGUAUGCCAAAUGUAACAAGAUAAAAUACGCUUCAAAAGUCUUUGAGAAAAUGCCAACUAAGGAUGUUGUCUCUUGGGCUGCCAUGAUUGGGGGCUAUGAGAAGUGCAAAUGUUUUGAAGAGGCAUUGAGGCUCUUUGUUAGAAUGAGGUAUCAAGUUCUUGAAGCUCCAAAUGAGGCUUCUUUAGUGAGUGCUAUUUCAGCUUGUGGGCUGUUAGGGGCUCUAGAGAGGGGCAAAUGCAUACAUUCUUUACUGUGUAAAGAAGGUGUUAGUGUGAUAUUAGGCAAUGUGUUGAUAGACAUGUAUGCAAAAUGUGGAUGCAUAGAGGAGGCUAUAAUGGUUUUCCAUAGCUUGCCUGUGAAAGAUGUCUUCACAUGGAGUGGCAUGGUGGUAGGGCUUGCAAUGAAUGGCCUUAGUGACGAGGCCAUCGCGAUCUUUCGACAUAUGCAAGAGGUGGGUCAAAGGCCAAAUGGGGUCACAUAUGUAGGUGUGCUAACUGCAUGUGCUCAUGUGGGUUAUAUGGAUGAAGGUCGUUUCUUCUUUGAUUCAAUGAGAGACUACGGCCUCGAGCCAGGGAUUGAGCACUAUGGUUGCAUGGUUGACCUCUUUGCUAGAGCUGGGUAUUUGAAUGAGGCUUGGUUGGUUUUAGAAAGCAUGCCUAUGAAGCCUGAUCCAAUUAUGUGGGGCUCACUUUUAGGUGCCUGUAGGAUUCAUGGGAAUGUUAGCUUAGGAGAGAGAAUUGGAAAACAUGUGAUAGAUUUGGAUCCUUUACAUGGGGGAAGGUAUGUUCUGUUAUCAAACAUAUAUGCAUCAGCUAAAAGGUGGGCAGAUGUGGAGAUGGUGAGGGGAAUGAUGGAAGAGAGAGGAGUUGAGAAGAGGCCGGGUUGGAGCAUGAUUGAGGUUAGAGGGGUCCUUCAUAGCUUCUUUGUUGGUGAUAAAAGGCACCCUCAAACACAAGAGAUAUAUGGAAUGUUAGAGGAGUUGAAUGGCUUGAUGAGAGAGUACAUUCAAAAAGAGGGGGUGAGAUGA